AUGACCUCCAAGCUACCUGGAUUCGCCAUCUCGACCUCCAAGUCCUUCGCGACGACGCCUCUCCACUCCCCGCAAUCCGCCCAAUUGCACUCCCACACCAUGCAUGGGCUCGCACGAUCCACGACGACCGCCGCCAUGCUGUCGACCCGCCAGCUGGUGCGCCGCAACCCGGCUGCGGCCAGCGCUGUCGCCAGAAUAGUCGCGCAGCGCAUGUACGCCACGCCCUCGGGCCCGCCGCCCCCGGGCUUCAGACAGAAGCGGCCGACGUACUGGGACGAGGAGAAGGAAAGCACGCUGGACCGCGCCGGACGAUUCUUCCUGAUGACCGAGAUGUUCCGCGGCAUGUACGUGGCGAUGGAGCAGUUCUUCAGACCACCCUACACCAUCUUCUACCCCUUCGAGAAGGGCCCCAUCUCCCCCAGAUUUCGUGGCGAGCACGCCCUGAGACGGUACCCAUCUGGCGAGGAGCGCUGCAUUGCCUGCAAGCUCUGCGAAGCGAUCUGCCCGGCCCAGGCCAUCACCAUCGAAGCCGAAGAGCGUGCCGACGGCUCGCGUAGGACGACCCGUUACGACAUUGAUAUGACCAAGUGCAUCUACUGUGGCUUCUGCCAGGAGUCGUGCCCCGUGGACGCCAUCGUGGAGUCGCCCAACGCAGAGUACGCCACGGAGACGAGAGAGGAGCUGCUGUACAACAAGGAGAAGCUGCUGGCCAACGGCGACAAGUGGGAGCCCGAGCUGGCCGCGGUAAUCAAGGCGGAUUCCCCUUACAGAUAG